AUGUCCAUGCAUGCUCGUCUAUGUGUUGGUGCAAUGAAAAUUGCCAGUGAAGGUAAACCCCCAAUUAAGCUGGAAACCGAAGUCCGUUCAUUGGGUCUGGCCAGUGUAAUGUUGACACAGUGCCAAGGAUGUCUUCAGCAGUGUAAAUUAGAAACUUGCACAAAAGUCCCAGGAUCCAAACGCUAUGAUGUUAAUGUUCGUGCUGUUUGGGGCAGCAUGGUAACUGGAAAUGGUCCUUCUCACUUGAAUGAGUUCUUGGCAACUAUGAACUCCCCCGGUUUAUCUCAGUCCACAUUUAGUUUCAUAGAAACUGAUAUUGGAAUGUGGUGGCAUUCGGUUUUAGAGAUGGACAUGUUGCUAGCGGGUGAAGAGGAAAGAAAUUUGGCAAUUGAGCGCAAUGACUUUCAUCAAGAAGUCCCUGCAAUAACUGUAAUAGCAGAUGGUGGUUGGUCCAAAAGGACUCAUAAACAUUCGUAUAAUGCAGCAGGUGGUGUGGCAAUCGUAAUCGGAAAAGAGACCAAAAAGCUGCUGCAUAUUGGUGUGCGGAAUAAGUACUGCUACUUGUGCAGCCAGAAUAGUGAUAAGGAACAUACUUGUUUUAAGAAUCGGGACCAUGACAGCCAGUCAAUGGAAAGUGACAUCAUUUUACAAGGGUUCCUUGAAUGUGAAAGCAAACACGGGAUAAGGUACAUGCGUGUUGUUGGUGAUGGUGAUUCUUCCGUUUUUUCAAGAAUCAAGGAAGAAGUACCCUGUUCGGGAAGAGAUGUUGCUAAACAAGAAUGUGCUAACCAUGUCUCUAAACUACAACCAGUACCAUCAUCAGCUGAUGAUACAGCUUCUUCUUCAAAUGCAACUGUUGAUGAGGUUAGCUCUGUUGAUGAGCAGGUCAGCUUCUGGAAAGAAGUUAUCACAAAAAACACCAACAAUAAAACAUUCCCAAAUACCUCUUUCGCCACCAUACUCUCCACCAAUACCUCCUACAAAACCUACACUAAAACCUCCAACACAACCACCACCACAACCUCCUUCACAACCUCUACCACAGCCUCCUUCAGAAUCACCACCACAACCUCCAGCACAACCUGCGACACAGCCUCCUUCACAACCACAACCUUCAGCACAACUUCCACCACAACAACCCCCAACACCACAACCACCACCACAACAACCUCCAACACAACCACCACCACAACCCCCAGCACAACCACCACCACAACCUCCAACAAAACCACCACAACAACCUCCAACACAACCACCACAACAACCACCACAACAACCCCCUACACAACCACCACCACAACAACCUCCAACACAACCACCACCACAACCACCACAACACCCCCCACAACCCCCCCCUACACAACCACCACCACAACCUCCAGUACAACCACCACCCCAACCUCCAACACAACCACCACCACACCCUCCAGCACAACCACCACCACAACCCCCUACACAACCACCACCACAACAACCUCCACCACAACCCCCACCACAACCACCACAACAACCACCACACCAACCCCCUACACAACCACCACCACAACAACCUCCAACACAACCGCCACCACAACCCCCAACACAACCACCACAACAACCUCUAACACAACCACCACAACAACCUCCACCACAACCCCCACCACAACCACCACCACAACCCCCUACACAACCACCACAACAACCUCCUACACAACCACCACCACAACCCCCACCACAACCCCCUACACAACCACCACCACAACACCCUCCAACACAACCACCACCACACCCUCCAGUACAACCACCACCACAACCUCCAACACCACCACCACCACAACCUCCACCACAACCCCCACCACAACACCCCCCAACACCACAACCACCACCACAACCACCCCAACAACCCCCUACACAACCACCACUACAACCUCCAGCACAACCACCACCACCACAACCUCUAACACAACCACCACCAGAGCCUCCAACACACCCACCACCACAACCACCAGCACACCCACCACCACAACCUCCACCAAAACCACCACAACAACCCCCUACACAACCUUCACCACAACCCCCAACACAACCACCACAACAACCACCACAACACCCCCCUACACAACCACCCCCACAACAACCUCCAACACAACCCCCACAACAACCACCACAACAACCCCCUCCACAACCACCACCACAACCUCCACCACAACCCCCACCACAACCACCACAACAACCACCACAACACCCCCCUACACACCCACCACCACAGCCUCCAGCACAACCCCCACCACAACCUCCAACACAACCACCACCUCCAGCACAACCACCACCACCACCACCACAACAACCCCCUACACAACCUUCACCACAACCCCCAACACAACCACCACCACAACCCCCAGCACAACCACCACCACAACAACCUCCACCACAACCCCCACCACAACACCCCCCUCCACACCCACCACCACAACCUCCAGCACAACCAGCACCACAACCUCCAACACCACCACCACCACAGCCUCCAGCACAACCACCACCACAACCUCAAACACAACCACCACAACCCUCCACACCACAACCACCACCACAACCACCACCACAACAUCCAGCACAACCACCAUCACAACCUACAACACAACCACCACAACAACCUCCAACACAACCCCCCCCACAACCUCCAGUACAACCACCACCACAACCUCCAACACAACCACCACCACAACAUCCAGCACAACCACCAUCACAACCUACAACACAACCACCACAACAACCUCCAACACAACCACCACAACAACCCUCUACACAACCUUCACCACAGCCUCCAGCACAACCACCACCACCACAACCUCCAACACAACCACCACCACAGCCUCCAACACAACCACCACCACAACCUCGAACACAACCACCACCACAACCUCAUGA